AUGACUUUAUUCCGGUCGGGCCUCCUGGUGCUGACGACGCCGCUGGCCGCCCUGGCCCCUCGCCUGGCCCCUAUCCUGACCUCUGCGGCCCGGUUCGUGAAUGACACGCUCUAUGUACACCUGCAGCCGGGCAUGAGCCUGGAGGGCCCAGCUCAGCCCCUGUCCACCCCCGUGCAGGCCACAUUUGAGGUUCUGGAUUUCAUCUCGUACUUCUAUGCCGGCGCCAACGUGCACCCGCACCUGGACAUCAGAAUUCUGCUAACCAAUAUCCAAAGCAAGAGCGCCUUUCUCCCUCCCCUGGCCAGCUCCGUUCAGAACCUGGCCCACCCGCCGGAGGUGGUGCUGACCGACUUCCAGACCCUGGAUGGAAGCCAGUACAAUCCGGUUAAGCAACAGCUAGAGCGGUAUGCCACCAGCUGUUACAGUUGUUGUCCAACACUUACUUCGGUGCUGCUGUACCCCGAUUAUGAGUCUGAAGAACUGCCUGUGGGGUUCACCUUACCCUCCACCAUCAGGCCAUCCUCCCCUGUGGCCAAAUCUCCAAAGCAGCUGGUGCGUGGCUACCACCGCGGGGCUGUGGGUGGCACGUUUGACCGCCUGCACAAUGCCCACAAGGUGCUGCUCAGUGUCUCCUGCAUCCUGGCCCAGGAGCAGCUUGUGGUGGGAGUAGCAGACAAAGACCUUUUGAAGGGCAAGUUACUCCCCGAGCUGCUCCAAUCCUACACAGAGCGUGUGGAACAUCUGAGUGAGUUCCUGGUGGACAUCAAGCCCUCCUUGGCUUUUGAUAUCGUCCCCCUGCUGAACCCCUAUGGGCCUGCUGGAUCUGACCCCUCCCUGGAGUUCCUGGUGGUCAGCGAGGAGACCUAUCGUGGGGGGAUGGCCGUCAACCGCUUCCGCCAUGAGAAGGACCUGAAGGAGCUUACCUUGUACCAGAUCCAGCUAUUGCAUGACCCAAGCCACAGGGAGAAUGAAGAGGACAAAAUCAGCUCCUCCAGCUCCCGCCAGCGAAUGCUGGGAAACCUGCUUCGGCCUCCAUAUGUGAGGUCAGGGCUCCCUGCUGGUCUCUACGUGAUCGGGCUGACAGGCAUAAGUGGCUCUGGGAAGAGCGCAGUAGCUCAGCGGCUGAAGGGCCUGGGAGCGUAUGUCAUCGAUUGUGACCAGCUGGGCCAUCGGGCCUACGCGCCGGCUGGUCCUGCCUACCAGCCCGUGGUGCAAGCCUUUGGGACAGAUAUUCUCCACAAAGAUGGCAUUAUCAACAGGAAGGUCCUGGGCAGCCGGGUUUUUGGAAACAAGAAGCACCUGAAGAAGCUCACGGACAUUAUGUGGCCGGUUAUCGCAAAGCUGGCCCGAGAGGAGAUGGAUCGGGCUGUGGCUGCGGGAAAGCAGGUGUGCGUGAUUGAAGCUGCCGUGCUUCUUGAAGCCGGCUGGCAGAGCAUGGUGCAUGAGGUGUGGACCAUUGUCGUCCCUGAGACUGAGGCUGUACGACGAAUUAUGGAGAGGGAUGGCCUGAGUGAAGCAGCAGCUCAAAGCCGGCUUCAGAGCCAGAUGAGUGGACAGCAGCUUGUGGACCAGAGCCACGUGGUGCUAAGCACGUUAUGGGAGCCGCAUGUCACCCAGCUCCAGGUGGAGAAAGCCUGGGCCCUCCUGCAGAAGCGCAUCGAUGCCAUCCAGCCAUUCUGA